AUGAAUCUCGCUUGGAAUUUUUUCUGCAUUUCUAUCUUUUUUGUCAUAUUACACAAAACAAGUACGUCCAUUUGUCGCACAUUAAGUUACAACACGGUUAAGAUUAAUAGUUGGAAUAUCAGAAUUCCAAUUUAUAACGAUUUUAACAGGAAGGAUAAUCUACAAAGGAAACAUUUCGCUAUAUUAAAAACGAAAGAGAAAAAGAGAGUGCACCAUUUAAACAAACUAUGUAGCAUCAUACAAAUAGAAGAAGGAAAAAACAAAAAACGGGAAAAUGGUUCUUGUUCAAAGAAGAAUUACUUAAAUGAAAAUGUAAACAAAGGUUUUAAAAACUGGAAUAUAGAACAUCAGAAAGAAGGAUACCUUACUGAUUCGUCUAAUGAAGAAACACAAAAAAAGUGGCUGCAAUUGGGCACAUGCAUUUCGAAUGGAGAAAGGAAUAAAAUAGUGCAAGAUAAAAAUGUCCACACUAGGACUGAUGAUGAAAAGGGGAUAAUAGAUAAAUCGAAUAAUCAUGAAAAGUUGAGUUUUAAGACAAAUUAUAAAAAUGAGAAAAAACACAAUCUUAAUAGUAUUGAUAUGUUGCAGAAGGAAAAAAAAUAUAACAGACAAAUAUACACACAUGGGUAUAAGGAAGAAAAAAAAAUUCGUAAAAGUAAAAUAUUAGUGAUUGGGUUAAAUGGAAUAAGUAGCGAAAUUUGCAAAAAUUUAAUUCUAUGUGGAGCGAAAGAAAUAGGAAUUUAUGAUAACAACAUUUUAAGUAUAGACGAUGUAGAUAAUCUCUUUUUUUGUGAUCAAAAAUGUAUAAACAAAGAAAAAAAAAGUUUUGCAUGUGUUCAGAAUAUGCGUAAUCUCAAUGACAAUUGUAAAAUUGAAGUUAUCACAAAGCUAGAUCAUAAUGUACAAAAGUACGACGUAGUUGUAUCUGUAAAUCAAAAAGAAGAAUUUAAUGUAAAAUUAAAUAAUCUAUGUAGAGGAGGAAACAGCAAGAAAAAAAAAUUAAUUAAAUUUAUUUGUGUAAAUACUGUUGGACUAUUUGGUCGAAUUUUUGUCGACUUUGGAAAAUUUUAUUUUUCAAACUCGCAUAAUACUAAUGAAUCAUAUUGUAUAAGCAAAAUCGAAUUCGAAGGAGUGGAAGAGGGGGAUGAUCAAAUCGUGAUGCAUUAUUUGGCUAGUUACAACAAUGUCCAAUUGAAUGACAAGGAUAGGGUAUAUUUGUGUGUGCAGAAUGUUCAUCAGAGUGUAAUAAAUAUACCAUGCGAGAUUAAAGACAUAUGUAAGAAGAAGAAGAAAAUUUGCGUAUCCAUUUUGCAGCGAAGAAGUUUAUUAUAUACACUUAUCAAGUAUAUCUUCUCCUUCAAAUUUGUAAAAUAUAUUGAAAAAAUAUGUCUUCUUUAUAAAAUCCAGCUGUUAACGAAUUUGAGAAAAGUGUACGACAAAAAUAGGUAUAGCAAAUAUGUAAAGGAACUUGUUUUGAAAAAUAAACGUAAAGAUUACAACUUGAGCAUCAUAAAAAUGCCUGAACAGGUAAUGUUAAAUUAUGUAAGUUUGGAAGAAUACUUAAAUAAUGUAAAAAAAAAUGUUGAUAAAGGAAAAAAAUUUUCAUUCUUGUCCCAUUUCUUGAGAUCACUUUUUUACCAACGGGCUGAAGGAAACCAUGUUAGUGAUGAAGAAAUAUGCUUUUUAUCUUAUGAAGAAAUGAUGAAAAAUAAAAAAGGGGAAAAAAUAUUCACUCCAGAUGAUAUUACAAAAUUUCAAAAUUUAUGUACAAAAAAAAAAAAAAAUAUGAACAUUCAGGUAGCAAAGCAAUUUUGUUCAGCUGCUCAUAUUGAACUACCUCCAUUUUGUAUCUUUUUUGGAGCUAUAGUAGCACAAGAAAUUUUAAAAGGAGUAACACAUAAAUUUAAACCCAUUUAUCAAACAUUUUUUUUUGAUAAAAGGGACUUAUUUCCUUUUUCCAAUAUUUCGAAUAAAUACCACGGAAGAUACAUGCACCAGCUGAACUUUUUUGGACCAAAAUUUCAAAAUUUUCUGAACAAUAUGAACAUAUUGUUAAUCGGGGCAGGUGCCCUGGGAUGCGAAUUUUUGAAGCUCCUCGCGCUAAUGGGACUUUCUUCCCAUGAAGAAAAGACUAAGGAUGGGAUGCUGUCAGGAAAAUUGUGUCCACACAGAAGAAAAACCAAACGGACAGGCCAGACGUGUGAUGACAAAGGGGGAGAAAAAGGGGAAGCAAAUGGGGGAGAAAAAGAAGGAGAAAAUGGGGAAGCAAAUGGGGAAGAAAAUGGAGAAGAAAAUGGGGAAGGAAAUGGGGAAGAAAAUGGAGAAGAAAAUGGAGAAGAAAAUGGGGAAGGAAAUGGAGAAGAAAAUGGAGAAGAAAAUGGGGAAGAAAACGGAGGAGGGCUCAUCCAAGUUGUGGAUUAUGACUUGAUUGAGGAGUCCAAUUUGUCUAGACAAUUUUUAUUUACGACCAAAGAUGUGGGAAAGUUGAAGUGUGAAGUGGCUGCAGAGAAUAUUAAAAAGUUAAACGGAAAUAUAAACUGUGGUUUUGUGAAAAUGAAAGUGAAUGAACAUAUCUUGGGGAAUCGAAAUAUGUUGUUGAGUUGGUUUUUCCUUGAAAAAGGAAAAGAACAAGGGGGGGAAUCUCGAAGAGAUCUAACUAGCCAAAGUAAGGGCACACCUUUUAGCUGUUCGAAAGAGGGUGUCAGGAAAAUGAGUGAAAAAGAGAAACUCCGAAAGAGACAUAAAAUAUCCCCAUUAAUUUGCAUUCUAUGUUUGGACAAUUUUAAAAGCAGAGCUGUAUGCGACAGAUUUUGUGUGAUGAAUUCGAUUCCAUUUGUAGAAGCAGGGAUAGAAGGAUUAAAGGGCAGUAGCCAAAUAGUCAUUCCCUUUUCAAGUGAAACAUAUACGAGCAAUUCGUUCGAAAAUGAAAAUGAUGAAGAGAAAAAUAACUCGUGCACAAUAACGUCUUUUCCAAGACAUCCAAAACAUGUGAUCGAAUUUAGUAAAAGUGUUUUUAAUAAUUAUUUCUUUGAUAAUGUCAUAAAAAUGAAUAAUUUUUUAAAUGAUCCUGUAUAUUUCAUUGGUCAACUGUGUAACUAUGACAAUGUAAGUAAUUUGAUUCAUUUUUUAAAAUUGACAAAAAUAUAUUUCAACCUGAACAUAGAAAAAAAUGUUCAGAUUUUAUGGAAUAGCAUAUUUGUACAUAACAUUAUACAUUUGCUAAAAAAUAACGAAAAAGAAAUGGACAAAUAUUUUGAAGAAUUAGAAAAAUUACCACAACCAGUUUACUUUAAUGAACAAAAUAAAAAUCAUGUCUUAUUUUAUCAAUGUGCUGUUAAUAAUUUUAAAAAAAUUUUUAAAAAUUUAACGAAAAUUGUAACAGCUCAGAAAAUCAACAAAGAUCAUAUUUUUUUUUUUAAAAAUCAACAACAAGAUAGGAAAAAAAAACACAACUUUGAAGAGACACUAACUCAGAUAGUACAAAAUAACAAUCUACAUGUGGAUGUGAAGCGGCUCGUAUAUUUCCUCUCAGUAAUACGAAAAAAUACGAAUGAAAACUUUUAUGAAACCCUUGAAAAGGAACUUUUUGAUCUUUUUAAUAACCCUGUUUUUAUUUCAUCCCUAAGACAUGUGCAGCGGUGGAGGGUCCGAUCGAAUGUGAAGGAUUCAGAAAAUCUGGGCAGGGUAAAUUUCCAAAGUGGGGUUAAUAAUUUGACAGGGUGUGGUGAUAAGGCAGAGAGUGAUGAGCCGGAGAGGGGCUUGAAAGAGGUGGGAGUUUUGACCCCACUAAUAUGCAAUCUGCAGGAGGACAAUGAAAACAUUAAUUUCGUUUUUAGCCUGACCAACAUACGAAAUGAAAAUUAUAAUUUCCCUCAAUUAGACAUUUUGGAAUUUUUUAAAAUAUGCAAUAAUAUUGUGCCCUCAAUUGUAACUGUGGUGUCAGCUAUCUCUGCUCUAGCGUCUUUGGAGCUGUACAAAUUGGCUCACUUGAUGCAACAAGGGGAGGAGAAGGAGCAGCAGAAGGAGGAAGAGGAGACGAAGGAGAAAGAAGAGCAGAAGGAGAAGGAAGAGCAGAAGGAGAAGGAAGAGCAGAAGGAGAAGGAAGAGCAGAAGGAAGAAGAGGAGACGAAGGAGGAGGUCAUAAAUGGACAAGAAAAGUGGAUAGAAGAAGAAACAGUAUUCACCAUUGACCAAAGUAAAUUUCGUGAAGAGAAGUUUAAAGACAUAACAAUUAGUAUGCACGGAAAGCAGGUGUAUAUUAUAAAAGACGGAAAAAUUUUGUUUCAUUUUUUUAAUGUACCAUAUGACGAAUGGAAAAAUAUGUCAGUUGUUAUGAAAAAUCACUAUAUUAAUUUGGAGGAUAACUUUUUUACACACUCACAGCUCAACAGUGUAUAUCCUCCUAUGUUAUAUAGUAAUGCAUCUACAAGUAUGAUGAAGACAUUUCAGUUUUCCAUUUGGAAUUACAUUUAUAUAGAUAUUUACACCAAAGGCAGAAAGAAGAAGGAUCAAGAUCAAGAGAAUUGUUGUGCAGUAGGAAGUUGUGGAUUUCCCUCUUCUCUCUUUAAUGACGGAAUGUUUGUUUCAUCUGAACAGUUAUGGUGGCGUGUAGAGGAGCACUUGGCCCAUGUGAAAAUUUCCAUUCAGGAACUCAGGAACGGGUCGAUCCAACCUUCUUCCCAUACUGUGAAAGAAGCAAUAAGACUAGCUGAAGAAAUCAUCAAAGAUCUCUAUACAAUGAGGACCGAACUUAGAAACCGUUUCCACAAGGGACACACCACCAAUGUUGCAACUAAUGAAACAUUUUUGCAAAAGUCUCUAAAACACAUUGAUGAUACUAAAAGAAAUCUAUGCUUAACAUUAUCGAGUAUAUCAAAUAAAGAAAAGUAUUAUAAAUUAAAUGAAGAAAAUAUAUUAUCCAAUGCAAUGCAAAGAUUGAAGAAGGUAAAAGUUAUUACGAAACAAAUGAUUAAACAAUCCAAAUCACACAUUAAUAUUAUGAAGUAUGAAAACAAAGAUGACAUAACAUUGGAUGAAGUUGUAACAUCCCUUGAGCUACUUUUCAAUAUGUCCAUUCAGACAAUUGCUGUCAAAGACAAAAUAAUUUACACAAAAUUUCAAUUGCCAUCUUUGAGAUAUUCAGGGAAAAAAAGUCUUUACAAUAUUUUAACUGAACUCUUCAAGCAAGAGCAAGAGCAAAAGAAAGAGCCGGAGAUAUAUACCUACACACUGAACAUUUUUGCUACAGAUAAUGGGGAAAAUCAAUCCGAAUCAGAGGAAAAAAAUGAAAUAAUUUUCCCUGAUGUUCAGGUGAAUGUACAUCAUCAUCAGAAAUAG